AUGUCUGUGAACAAAGCUAAACCUCAGGUGUUUGAGGAAGGCGCAUUUCGACCACGGACUAAUGAAGAACAGCGUGAACUAGGUGAACACUAUCAAAAGCUUGAUAAUCCAACCACAUGCAAGAACCUUGUAAAGGAAUUUUCUACUCGAUACACACAGCUUGCUCGACUCCCAUAUUUCGACCUUGUGAAGCAGAUUGUGAUAGAUCUGAUGCACAAUCUCUUUCUUGGGCUUGUGAAAACACAUUUUUUUAAUAUUUUGGUACAGAACAAGAUACUGCGCGCUAACCAUGAGCUGCAGAUAUUCCACGAAAUGCUCGCCGAUUUCAUAGUUCCUGGGUUGUGUGGGAAGCUUCCGACAGAUAUAGGGAUGCCAUCCAGCGGUUCUCUCACUGUGAACCAGUGGCUACUUUUGGCGACGGUCUAUGGACCAAUUGUUACUUAUAAGCUAAGAGUUCAUACGGAGAUUCCCCAGCUCUGGAGUUCAUGUCUUCCCUCUGAUGCUGAUGAUGAAGUCCUUCAACAGCGUGUUGCAUUAAUCAAGAGAAUUGAGGCUGAUAAGGAUGUCCAGGCAAACCGUAAGGCUGAUGAUAGGAAGGCUUUAGCUGAGGCCAAGAAGCAAAGCAAGGAUGCAUUCGAGGCAGUCAAAUUACGGAUCGCACAAGAAAAAGUUGCUGCCGCUGAAGUGAAGAAACAAGCAAAGUUGCAAGCAGCUCUCACCAAACAGGCAGAAAAAGAGAGGUCGGCCAAAGAAAAGAGCGCAAGAAAGGGAUCAAAAAAGCGCAAGGCUACAUCACAGACUGUUGAUGAUUUGCCUGAAGGCAGUGUACGACAUCAUCCUCCACAGCCUACAGCAACUACUCAAGUAGCUGAGGCUGAUGAUCUUGAAGACACAAAAUUUUCACUUCACCCUGACGACCCCGCUAAUUUUCUAAAGCUGUCUGCAGCACUUCAUACUUUGAUCCAAGAGUAUAACAUCGAGCUCAUACAUCUUUACGGCUCUGGUGCCAUCAAACCUAACCAUCAUUUCACUACACAUACGUACAGUUUACAAACCUAUCCUGAAGGUUCACUUCCUCAUCAAGCAGCCAUGCACAUGCUCAAGGCCACCAAUGAAGAACGAGGUACUGUUGCAGGGCUCACAGCCUUAACUCAGGAUCUUGACAACACGAGCGCUGAUGCUAGUCAGAUGUAUACUUUAAGCCCUCGUCACCAGACAAAGCGAAUGUCAUCAGACACAUAUCAACUACUGGCCUGCACUAUCUGCAUUCGAUUUCCUCUCACACCUGUUCACUGCCGCUAUGAUGCUCCCAUUGUCCCUCACAGUGUUCCUUUAGAUCACAUGACUGUCUUCUUUGACUACAUUGUCAUUCAUGGCAAGCGCUACAAUGCGUCUCAUACCACUGGUUCAAAUAAUUCUUCAUUUGUGCAUGUUCUCAUCCCUCAGAUUGAUGCCGCUCCAGUGCAUGCAUAUGGUGAGGUCCUAGAAGUUUUUCAGUACAUGCAGAACUUCCGUGGUGUUGGUAGUCCAAUGUGGUUUGUCCGCAUGCAGUGGUUUGUCCCUUGGACAGGAGAAUGCGAAGAUAUUUGGAGAACCUUUGCAUCUGUCAAUGUCCAGCUGUGGAGACUCAGAGAGUAUUGCAACAAUGAUACACAACUCCCACACCUCAUUGACCCUGACUGGAUGAUCAGUUAG